AAUGAAUUACUUAUUUUAUGGAUUCAUUGGAUAUUGGGCUUUGUCUUUAACCUUUUUUGUUUUCCCAUACAAGAAGAAGAAUGUUUUUAGGCAUUCAAAAUAUUAAAAAUAUCGUCAGAGAAAAAGCAUCCUCCAUAUUUCACAUAGAGGAGGAUGUCGUGAAAAUUUAGAAAAUACUAUGUAAGCCUUUUAACAUGCCUAUGACCUCGGUACAGAUUGUUUAGAAAUGGACUUGUGCAUGACAAAAGACAGGAAGGUAUGUGUGAUAAAUAAAGUAGAUUGUAGUUUUGCAUGACUCCUCAUUAGUAAGAAUGUGCGGUGUAUAAGCACAUGUCAAAGAGUUUAAUUAUGCUGACUUACCCAAAUUCCUUGAAAGAGUCAGAUUAGAUUUUGCUCCUAAUGAUUACAUUUCAACCUCCACUUGCAAAACUCCUUACCUACCUUUGUUCGAGGAUGUUCUUAAAAAGUUCCCUGAUGUUUUACUUAAUAUCGAAAUCAAAACUCCAGAUCCAGAAGUUGUUCAGAUCGUAAAUGAGCUUAUUCUGAAGUAUUAAAGACAAGAUACAAUUAUAUGGGGAGCCAGAUGUAUUGCACAAUUUAUAUAAUCAUAGUUUAAAAGUAAAAUGAAUUGCUGAAAUCAAUUAAUCCUGCAAUCCCUAGAUUUUUCACCGUUGAAGGAAUUUUGAAGGUGUACUUGCUCUAUUUGACAGGUCUCCUACCUUUCUUCGAUGUCCCAGAUGAUUCAAUGUAAGCACCGAUGUACACAGACGACUUCUAUUAGUGGAAACUUUAAGUUGCAAAUUCGACUUCGGAGAAGAUUUAGCAAAUGUUAUUGUAAUUGAAAUUCCAAAAUAUUAAAGUCAUUAUUUCAUUUGGUUCUUGGGUUUAAUAUCAAAGCCAUUGUUCAAUCAUUUACACAAAAGAGGUAUCUUCGUAUACUAUUGGGUUUUGAAUAAUGAAAAGGAAUAUGAGAGGGCUCUUAAGGCUGGCUGUCACGGCAUGAUGACGGAUUGCCCGACUGUUUUGAAAUAAUAUCUGAUCAAAAAUAAGCUCUAUGGAAAAUAGUGA